AUGCCAUUCAUGGAUCCUAACGACAUCAACAUUCUCGCUCACUUCCUCGCCUUCAACCAAAUCCCCUCACCUUCCCCUCCACCACCAGCAGAUGUCCUCGUCCUCUGCGUCUCCGCCAUCCUCCCCAUAGCAGAGAAAGUAUUCACACAUCUUGAGAACAACCCAACAGCAAUCAAAACCCUUGUUCUCUGCGGCGGAAUCGGCCAUUCCACCCCUCAUCUCUACGAAGCGAUCGCCAACGAUCCACGCUACGCGCAUCUCCUCCCGGAGAUUGACGGACUGCCAGAAGCACAGGUGCUCCAUCGCAUUUUUACGCGGUGUUUUGAUGCACCGCGGAUCCAGAAAUCAUGUCAUGUCUUGAUAGAAGACCGAUCCACGAACUGCGGCGCUAAUGCAGUUGAAACGAAGAGGGUUCUUGAGGAGAAUGGCAUUCAUCCCCAAAGUAUGCUGAUUGUGCAGGAUCCGACCAUGUCUCGGCGGACGGUGGCAUCCUUUGAGAAGGCAUUUUCUGGCGCGGGGUCCCUGCGGUUGACCAGCUGGCCGACUUUUGUUCCCAAGGUUAGGCUUGAAGGGGGGAAGCUGGUGUAUGAUGAGUCGAUUGGGAUUGACGUCUCGCGGUUGUGGAGGUUACCGCGGUUUCUGGGGUUGCUGAUGGGGGAGGUUCCACGUCUUAGAGAUGACAAAGAGGGGUAUGGCCCCCGAGGGAAAGGGUUUAUUGUGCAUGUUGAUAUUCCGGAUGAAGUAGAGGAAGCGUGGAGGAGGAUUAAGGAUGUGGAGAUGGAGUUGGAGAGACGGUAG